CCACCUCACUCCAGAAAUCUAUCGUUUUAGGAGUUGUUGUUUUUUUCAGAAGCAGCUCCCAUGGUUGAAAAAGAAACAACAGAAAAGUCACACAAUACACAGGGGUUAGGAUAUUAAACAGCUGUUUGCUUGGUCCUGGGCUGCAUGAUUUUCCCCAAUGGCUGGGACUCGGAGGUGGUGCGGGACAUGUGCGGGGACGACACGGACAAGUACACCCUGGGGAACUGCUCAGUGCGCUGGGCUUACAUCCUCGCCAUCAUCGGCAUCCUGGACGCCCUGAUUCUCUCCUUCCUCGCCUUCGUGCUGGGAAACAGGCAAAACGAUCUGCUGCAGGAGGAGCUUACCACUGACAACAAAGAUUUCACUAUCACUGGGAGGAUCUAAUGUUAGAUUGAGGUCCAGGAUCAUAGACCAUCAAAGGUUGGAUUUCACGGAGACCCCGCCCCAACACCUUCUCUACUAAUCUCUGUCUCCUCACUCCGGGAUUAAACACUAGAACAAACUACCUUUGUAUUUAUAAACACGAUUCCUCUGGAAAACCGCUUCUUUUUAUUUAUUUAUUGUUUUCUAGUUUUGGACUAUAAAAUGAAACACUAUCAGAGACAUGUAAAUAUUGAGAAAAGGAGAAAUACCAUGUUCACAAGAUUCUUCAUCGGCACCCAGGUGCAAUUCAGAGGAAAAACCAAACAAACUUUUUUUUUU